CCGCCACCGCUGGUCUAGUCGGGGUGGAAUCUGGACGCCCGCUCUCCCAGGUCUUUCUGCCCCCUUCACCAAGCCAGCCAAACGGUAAAACAAGCACAGACCCCAGCGUAGGUGUUUAGGAAGUGAGUGGUGGGCGCCGUUGACGUUUUCUGUGGCCCCGAAGCCCCUAUUCUCGCAUCUUCAGCCAGGGGCACCGUUUUCCUGCUCAGGCGUUACCCCUAGUUGAGAUUACAGACAUCCCGCCAGAAUGAUUUCUGCAAAGCCCAGACUUGUCGUACCUUACGGCCUCAAGACUCUGCUUGAGGGAGUUAGCAGAGCCGUACUCAAAACCAAUCCACCAAACAUCACCCAGUUUGCAGCAGUUUAUUUCAAAGAACUUGCUGUGUUUAGAGAAGGAAAUAAUUCUCUGGAUAUAAAAGAUCUUGUUAAACAAUUUCAUCAGAUUAAAGUGGAGCAAUGGUCAGAGGGAAUGGCACAAGAGAAGAAACCAGAAUGUGUGAAAGAACCAGAAAGAACAUCUACAGUUUCCCAAGAACCUAAACGGGUGGAAAAAUCUACGGACACAGAGGAGGACAACAUAACUGCACUGCAGUUUAGCAACAAAACCACGCAGUUCCCGUCAGUUCACGCUGAGCUGCUCUCAGAGCCUGAAGUAGCUCAGGCUCCUUCGAAACCGACCGCCCCUGAGAAUGCCACCCUGCCCUCAUCGCCAUCGCCAGCAGCUGUCUCACCCAAGCUGGCCUAUGUCCCUGCUGACCCAGCUCAGUUUGCUGCUCAGAUAUUAGGUAAUGUUUCCUCAGUUCAUUCGGAUCACUCUGAAAUUUUAAUGGUGGAUGUGGCAACAAGUACGCCCGUUUUUCCCGAGGAGAUGCUGAGCUCAGAGGCUGCUGAAGAUGAUGUGGUGGUCACUCCUGUGCAUUCUGGAGAGGCGGCAGCAGUGCAGCUUCUGAGUGAGACAUCUGUCCAUGUAGAUUCGGGUUCUAACCCUAAAGACCAUAAGGCUGAACCACCAAUGGCUUCCUCACUCCCCUUGCAGGAUGAACAAGAACCUCCUGCCUAUGAUCAAGCUCCUCAGGUCCCUUUGCAGGCUGCUGCUGAGGUGACAUCCACCACGCACAUAGCAUCUAUCUAUAAAGAUGGGCCUGCGAUCGAAGGAGUUACUAAUGUUGAGCAAAUACUGGAACAAACAGUUAUCCCCUUUUCUGAUCAUGUUGCUUGUCUUAAAGGAAAUGAGCAGUCACCACCUCUUAGUCCCAUACUUGUAGUAGGCAAGAUAGCCUCAGACGUGUCUGAAAAAUCUGUGGGUUCUGCAAACUUUGUGCAGUUGGAGAGUGCAAAAUCUGACUCCUUAGUAUAUGAGGAGGCAGACGCCUCUGCCACAACAGUGAGCUCUGAAAUAUCUGUGCACCUUGAAGUGGACAUCUUUGCGCUGGCCCCUGGCAGUGCUGGGCAGGAGGACUCAUGGGAAAACCGUGCGUCCCAGGGGCCGGAGGUCAAACCCACGCUCUCAGGGGAAGCUGCAAAAGUAGUGCGCUCAGGUGCGUCCGUAAGAUCAUCUAGUGGGCCCCAACCUCCUGUUCCAGAAGGUCUUAAUGAAACAGAAAUCGAACCAGAAUGGGAAGCAGCACCUAAACAAGGUUUGACGGAGCCAGCAAUAGCAGCAAGCGAAGCAGGACAACCACCACCAUAUUCUAACAUGUGGACCCUUUAUUGUCUAACUGAUAUGAGUCAACAAAGUCGCCCACCACCACCACCUGCACCUGGGCCUUUCCCCCAAGCAACCCUCUAUUUACCUAAUUCUAAGGAUCCACAGUUUCUGCAGCAUCCACCAAAAGUUAUUUCUCCAACUUAUGUGAUGAUGGACAACAGCAAGAAGAGCAGUGCCCCGCCUUUUAUUUUAGUGGGCGCAAAUGUUCAGGCAGCACAGCAUUGGAAGCCUGUUCCUGGACAUGCUGUUCCCCAGUCAGAUGCCUUGAAGAGACACACUGCAGUGCAAGUACCCAUUGCUGUUCCUGCAGAUCAGAAAUUCCAGAAACACACCCCCAAUCCCCAGAAUGCUAAUCCUCCUACAAGUGGACAAGAUGUCCCCAGACCACAAAGUCCAGUUUCUGUUGCUUUCCCGGUAGAAGAUGUAGCCAAAAAAGGUUCAGGAUUUGGUGACAAACGUACUCCCUUUGGAAGUUACGGUAUUGCUGGAGAAGUAACUGUGACUAUUGCCAAUGUUCGCACAGCAGAAACUCUGGCAGGUGCCAAAGAUGACACUGUUUGA